CGCCACCUGAAUAUGACGCGAUGGAUGAUACUCGUGACGUCACGGGAACAUGGCGCACUCCGUAGAGCUGAUCAAGUAUCAUAGGACUGUUAAUAUAACUCGUCUUUACCGCAUAAUCUAAUGCAUUUCUCAGCUGUAACUCGAAAUUCAACAUUUUAAAUCAGCGCGACACACUACUAAAAACAUGUUUAUUAAAGAGGAGUCUGAAGACACGAGUUAUCCAGAACCAUGCGGAAUCAAAACAGAAAACACAGAUGCAAAAGAAGAAGUGAAGGAGGAAAGUCAAGAACUGAAGGAAGAGGAGACGCCUCAGUAUCAGAAACCUCAUACUUUCACACAUGAAGAAGCAUCUUUUAGCCGCACACAGACUGACAGUAAUUCAUCACACAAUAUUAUAGGAGCUAAUAAUUAUUUAACGUGCCCGCAGUGUGGAAAGUUUUACAAAUAUAAAGCACUUCUUGAAAUCCACAUGAGACUUCACACUGGAGAAAAGCCUUUCACGUGCCAAAACUGCGGGAAGAGUUUCACGCGUAAAGAAACCUUAAAAGCGCACAUGAGAGUUCAUACUGGAGAAAAGCCGUUCACGUGCCAUCAGUGUGGGAAGAGUUUUACACGUAAAGAUUCCUUAAACACGCACACAAGAGUUCACAACGGAGAAAAGCCGUUCGCAUGCCAUCACUGUGGAAAGAGUUUCCCGUGUAAAAAAAGACUCAAUUUUCACAUGAACGGUCACGUGAAAACUGAAGAGAAGGCUUUUACGUGCCAAGAGUGUGGGAAGAGCUUCACGCGUAAAACAAACUUGAAUACGCACAUGAGAGUUCACACUGGAGAGACGCCGUUCACCUGUCAUCAAUGCGGAAAGGGUUUCACGCAUAAAGAAGCUUUUAAUACACACAUGGCAAAUCACACCGGAGAAAAGCCGUUCACGUGUCAUCAAUGUGGAAGAAGUUAUGCAAUUAAAAAAAGCCUCAAUUUGCACAUGAGAGUUCAUUCGACGGUGAAACGUUUCAUCUGCUCUCUGUGUGGAAAAGAUUUCAAAAUCAAAGAAACCUUAAAUCGUCACAUACGGAUUCACACAGGAGAAAAGCCUUUCAUGUGCACCCAUUGUGGAAAGAGUUUCACACGUAAAGAUACUUUUAAUAAACAUGUGAGUUUUCACACUGGAAAGGAGACUUUCACGUGCCAUCACUGUAGGAGAAGUUACUCAUGUAAACAAAGCCUACAUUUGCACAUGAGAAGUCAUGCAACAGUGCAUCCUUUCACCUGCCCUCAAUGUGGAAAAGGUUUCAAGACACAAGAAACCUUAAAUCAACACAUAAAAAUUCACACCAGAAAGAAGCCGUUCACAUGCCGGCAGUGCCUGCACAUAAGUUACCCGUGUAAACUGUACCUUACUAGGCACAUGAGAUUUCAUACACCACCGUUCACCUGCUCUCGGUGCGGGAGAAGUUUCACAGUGAAAAGAUGUUUGAUUUGUCACAUGCGAGUUCACCGUGAAGAGAAGCCUUUCACAUGCCUACAGUGUGGAAAGAAUUUUACCAACAAAGAUAUUUUUAAUAUGCACAUAAGAAUACACAAUAAAGACAAGCCGUUCACAUGGCAUCAAGGUAGAAAGAGUUUCAUGCGCAAGACAAUCUUUAAAACACUUACACAUACAGUUGAAAGAAAAAGUAUUUCUUCAUAAAUUGGUCAUAAAAUGUGUUCUGAUCUUCAUCUAAGUCACAACAAUAGAGAAACACAGUCUGCUUAAACUAAUACCGCACAAACAUUAUACGUUUUCAUGUUUUUAUUGAACACAACAUUCAUGAGUAAACAUUCAUAGUGCAGGGUGGAAAAAGUAUGUGAAACCCUAGGCUAAUGACUUCUCCAAGAGCUAAUUGGAGCCAGGAGUCAGCCAACCUGGGGUCCAAUCAAUGUGAUGAGAUUGGAUGUGUUGAUUAAAGCUGCCCUGUCCAAUAAAAAACACACACCAGUUUUGAGUUUGUUGUUCUGAAGAAGCAUUGUCUGAUGUGAACCAUGCCUCGCACAAGAGAGCUCUCAGAAGACCUACGAUCAAGAAUUGUUGACUUACAUAAAGCUGGAAAGGGCUACAAAAGUAUAUCUAAAAGCCUUGAUGUCCAUGUGUCCACGGUAAGACAGAUUGUCUACAACUGGAGAAAGUUCAGCACUGUUGCUACACUCCCUAGGCGUGGGUGUCCUGUAAAGAUGACUGCAAGAGCACAGCGCAGAAUGCUCAAUGAGGUGAAGAAGAAUCCUAGAGUGUCAGCUAAAGACUUACAGAAAUCUCUGGCACAUGUUAACAUUUUUGUUGACAAAUCUACAAUAAGGAAAACAUUAAACAAGAAUGGACUUCAUGGGAGGACACCACGGAGGAAGCCACUGCUGUCCAAAAAAAACAUUGCAGCACGUUUGAAGUUUGCAAAAGAGUUCCACAGCACUACUGCCAAAACAUUCUGUGGACAGAUGAAACCAAAAUUGAGUUGUUUGGAAAGAACACACAACGCUAUGUGUGGAAAACAAAAGGCACAGCACACCAACAUCAAAACAUCAACAUCCGAACUGUGAAAUAUGGUGGAGGGGGCAUCAUGGGUUGGGGCUGCUUUGCUGCCUCAGGCCCUGGACGGAUUACUGUCAUCGAUGGAAAAAUGAAUUCCAAAGUUGGUCAAGACAUUUUGCAGGAAAACUUAAGACCAUCUGUCCGCCAACUGAAGCUUAACAGAGGAUGGACGAUGCAACAGGACAACGACCCAAAGCAUAGAAGUAAAUCAACAACAGAAUGGCUUCAACAGAAGAAAAUACACCUUCUGGAGUGGCCCAGUCAGAGUCCUGACCUCAACCCGAUUGAGAUGCUGUGGCAUGACCUCAAGAGAGCGAUUCACACCAGACAUCCCAAGAAUAUUGCUGAACUGAAACACUUUUGUAAAGAGGAAUGGUCCAAAAUUUCUCCUGACCGUUGUGCAGGUCUGAUCUGCAACUAUAGGAAACAUUUGGUUGAGGUUAUUGCUGGCAAUGGAGGGUCAACCAAUUAUUAAACCCAAAGGAUCACAUACUUUUUCCACCCUGCACUAUGAAUGUUUACAUGUUGUGUUCAAUAAAAACAUGAAAACGUAUAAUGUUUGUGCUGUAUUAGUUUAAGCAGACUGUGUUUCUCUAUUGUUGUGACUUAAAUGAAGAUCAGAACACAUUUUAUGACCAAUUUAUGAAGAAAUCCAAGUAAGCCCAAAGGGUUCACAUACUUUUUCUUUCAACUGUAUCUAUUAACAGUAAAGUGUUUUGAUGGACAAUUACACUGAUUCAUGUAAAAAAAACUGUUUAUUAUAUUUGAAGAGUUUGGUUCCAAAACUUGAUAAACGCCAUUUUUGAAAAAAAAUGAGUUUCUGCCAAAAUCAGUAUUAUAUCAGGUCAGUAUUUAAAAUGUAAAUUCUUUUUUUUACGCAAAACGCAAUAUCCGCCACGUUAUUCGGUUAUCUUUUCUCCCUUUUUUCCCAAAAUGCGAUAAACGCCAAUCCUCCUUAUUUACAGAAUGCAAUAAAUCCGCUCCACAAAUUACAGCGCACCAUUCCACGCAAUGUAAACAAACAAUGGCGACGCGUUGAGUACACACAGAAUCUUAGUUUUCUUCAUCUACUUUGUACUUCAUAAUCAACAAACAAACAAAAACAAAAUAAUACUUUAAUUGCAUUGAUAAACGUGUGAUGGUUUUCUGUGACGGGAAAGAAAAGUAAGCCAUCAACAUCUAAUAAUUUACGCGAGAGGCACUCGGGAGACGGCUGCUUGUUCUCCCGACAGCAUCAAGCUUCUGUCAUGCUAACACAUUGACCCCAGGGGAUCUUAUGAAAAACUUUCCAUUAUUUUACUCAAAGUCAACGAAAAUCGAGCAGGACCAAAACAUUUUACAGCUGA